CGGACUGGACUGACCACCAAGUCCUGAGGACAUGGAGCUGACCGCCUCCUACGCUCGACCCAAGACCGGACACUUCCUGCCGCCCAUCUCCACCACGGCGUCCAGCUACCGCCACGCCAACCACAGCGCCAACCAGUGGAGGAGCGCCAGCUACUACAAGACCGCCGGCGCCGUCCCCGGCCUGGACCUCUCGGCCAGGAGCGCCCGCUACACGCCCGACGACUGGUUCAGGUCCAACCAGACCUACUACCGCCAGUCGGAGGCCAGCCGCAACAGCGCCGAGAGACUCCGGCGGGACACGCUGAGGCUGAUCCAGGACAAGGAGCAGCUGACCCGCCGCACGCAGGAGACCAGCAGCAAGGACAUCGGCGAGCGCCUGGGCGACAUCGUCUUCUGGAGGUCCGAGCUGAGCCACGAGGUGGACAACGCCGUGACCGAGACCGCCGCGCUCGCCGAGGCCAAGCGCCGGCUGGAGAGGGCCCUGGCGGAGACCGAGGCGCCCCUGCAGGUGUCCCAGGAGUGUUUGUACCACCGGGAGAGGCGCAUGUCCAUCGACCUGGUCCACGACGACGUGGAGAAGGACCUGAUCAAGGAAGUGGAGGUCAUCAAGUCCUGCCAGGAGAGGAUGAGGCGACACUCGGAGCGAGCCGCCGCCCAGCUGGCGUCGAACCGAGCCGCUCAGCACGAGCUGGAGCGAGACCUGAGCGACAAGACGGCGGCGCAGAGGAUCGACGAGCGCUGCCACCACCUGAGGAACACGUCUGACGGCAUCAGCUUCUACCGAGGCAUCGAGAGACUGGAGCCCUCGCUGUCUCUGCCGGGGUCCUGGUCCAAGUUCUCCGACGACAACCUGUUGCGCUCGCAGAGCCAGCGGUCCGCCUCGCACAAGCUGAGGGACGAGAUCGAGGUCCUGCUGGACGCCACCGCCGGCGACAUGUGGACGCAGUUCAACAACGUCAACGCCGCCUUCGGCGCACGCCUCCAGACGGCCGACGCCCGCAACAGCCUGCAGACG